AGAAUGUGAGAAUGAGCAAUGUCUCCUUGUGAUAGUGAGUCAUUAAUAGGAACAUGUCGCUAGUUGAUUCCUCAUGCAGAACCAUAAAUGCAGACCGUCUGUGAUGGACAUGCAGUGCUUCAAUGUACCUCUUCAUCUGCUGCUGCUCAUUCACACUGCAGCAACGGCCAAGGAUAAUGAGGGGUGGUCCAUGAAAGUUCAAACAGAGGUCAGGGCGAUAGAAGGGUACCCGAUAGUGCUGUCCUGCUCUUUUACUCACCCCCACCACACCCAUCCCUCCUCCAUGCAUGUGAUGUGGACCCUCGGGCACGGACGGGCCGCCAAAGUGCUGUUCCACUGCACGAGUCUUAACAACAGCCAGCAGUGCCAAUCAAAGCCCGACCAGGACCAGCGUUUCCGCCUGGAGGGCAACCACAGAGCGCACGACAUUUCUCUCAGGAUCAACAGCGUGACUUUAAUGGACAGCGGGCGCUAUUAUUGUCGUGUGGAGAUACCAGGAAGCCACGGGCACCCACAUGAAAGCUUUGAAAACACCCUGGGUAUUCGUCUAAGAGUGGAGGCUGCACCGCGUAUCCUGAGCUUGUCGGCCGAGGGUACCGCGGUAUCUGGCAUCAAAGCCCUGUGUCACGUUCAGGGCUCUCCUCUUCCUGAUGUUCAAUGGAUAGCAUCAGAUGGCAUCCUCGAAGACGACCCCGCAAACCCUCUUUCUCAUGAUGCUGCUGGCCAAUACCGCACAUCAAGUCAACUUCUGGACGUUAAACCUGGGGGACAGUACACCUGCGCAGCCUCAAACUCUUUGGGAAAGGAUCAAGCCACGCUUUACAUUUUGCCUCCUAUUCCUGAGAAGUCAACCACUAACAAUUCAUUCUCUCUACUCAUGCUGAUACUCGCCCUGGCUUUAGGUUUGAAGCUAAUUCUAGCUUUGGGUGUAGGAGUGUGGGUUAUCAAGACCAGCUUUAGACUCAGAAAUAACAGCGUGACCAACUAAGAAAUAUGUGUGCAUGCUUUACAUAAUUAAAAUGCAGGCCUUCAAAGCAUCAAAGUAUUUUCACAGGUAUCUUCUAAAAAAAAACAUGUCCUAAAGAUAAAACUUCCUCUUCCUCUGGAGUGCAUAUGACUGUGACUUCUCUUUCUUUCUUUGACUGGAUAAUUUGAACAAGGAGACUUGGUAACACUUUACUUGAAGGGGUGUGCAUAAGACUGACAUGACA